CUCGACUGACGAAGGGCAGAGCGAACGUUUGGCGGUGACGCUGCUGCUGCUCGUGCAGGGGCAGGGGAGGGCAGGGGAGGGCAGGGCGGGGGCAAUACUCGUCGCUAAGGGCUCACAGGGGGGGCAAUGGACAGGACAGGACAUGCUGCCGGGCCAGGCCAGGCCGUGACAGGACUGCGAACUCCUCUUCGUCGUCGUCAUGAAGCGCAAGGAUUCAGCAGAAGGUUUUGACGUGGUUUCGGCAGCGGAUGUUACUGGUUCGAGAGCGAGUGCGGGGGGGAGUGGAUGGCGGAUUAGGCAGGCAAGAGGCGGGCGUUGAUGUAAUUCGGAACGAGGCGGUGAGCAGUUCGAGGAGAUUGGUUUCUUCUUCUCGGGGCUGGCUGGAAUUUGCGUUUCUGGGUGAAGGUGAAGGUGGUGGGAGGCAUGAGUGGAAGGGAUGGUGGGGGAGGGGGAGGGGGAGGGGGAGGGCCAGGGGGAUGGGGAGGAGGUGGGAGGGGAGGCCGAGGCGGGGGCGGACGACAGGGAUUGUCAGCUGGAUGGAGGCCUGUGUCCGAAGCUGAUCGGAUCAGUAUCGCUGAGCGCUUGGAGCAAUUCAGAGCCGCUAAUGAUGUCAAAGAAUUGACUUUCGAAGCUGGUUUGAGCAAUCAUGAUAGAGCGGUGGUACACGAGUUCUGUAAAAAGAUGGGAUUCAAAUCCAAAAGUCAUGGCAAAGGUGAGGCAAGACGUGUAACUGUGCAAAAACCAGCGGGUGGCCACGGAAAGGAUCAGGCUACAACAACUCCUCUGUCCUUCUCCGCGGAAGCGCAGAUGGCAGUCGUCGACCUGUUUAGUCGAUUUCCAGCCACGGAAGAAGAGAUUCUAGAGAAGGAGAGGAUAGUCGAACCGUGUGAAAUCACUGUCCCAAAAUCGCAAAGGCGAGGCAAGUCUACAGGUUCACGCAACGCACGAUUCGCUCUACCAGCUGAUAUUGCCAAACAAGUAUCUCAAAUGGCCUCGCGGCUUAAAAGUUCUCCAGCUCUACAACAGAUUGCUCAAGAGAGGUCCAAGUUGCCAAUUGCCGCUUUCCGAGAUGUCAUUACUUCAGCUGUCGAAAACAAUCAGGUUGUACUCAUUGCGGGAGAGACCGGCUGUGGGAAAACCACUCAGGUACCUCAAUACAUUCUGAGUCACGUGUGGCAACAAGGGAAACCUUGCAAAAUUGUUUGCACACAACCUCGGCGAAUAUCUGCAACUUCAGUGGCGGAGCGGAUUUCCACUGAACUUGGUGAACAAAUAGGAGACACCGUGGGUUAUCAGGUUCGACUAGACUCCAAAGGAGGCAAACACUCUUCUCUCAUCUUUUGUACAAAUGGAGUUCUUUUAAGGAAGGUCGUAGGCUCGGGAGGCCAUUCACAGGGACCAAACGGAGACGAGGGCUUGAAUGAUGAGCCACAUGGAUUAGAUGCGACUCAUAUCAUUGUGGAUGAAAUACACGAGCGUGAUCGAAAUGCCGACUUUCUUUUGAUCGCCCUUCGGGAUCUGCUGCCUCUAAGACCAGAUCUGCGUCUGAUUUUAAUGAGUGCAACAUUGGAUGCGGAGCUCUUUUCCACCUACUUCAACGGAUGUCCAAUAGUCAGAGUGCCUGGUUUUACUUAUCCUGUUCGCACUUUCUACUUGGAAGAUGUCCUCUCAAUGACCCAAAACGGGGGAGACGUCAGCAACUCGCAGGCUGCAGUGCCAAGUCUUAGCAAGGAGGACGCAGAUGUCAUGGAUGAGGCGAUAAGCACCGCUUGGUUGGACGAUGACUUUGAAUUACUGUUGCAAGUUGUAACAGACGAUCCAAAUUUACGGUUAUGCGAUUACCAGCAUACGUUGACUGGUGCAACAGCUUUGAUGGUUGCUGCUGGUAAAGGUAGACUUGAUGACUUGCAAUUAUUACUCUCUCUAGGAGCAGAUCGGUCUAUCGUCUCACAGGAUGGAGCGAACGCCCUUGACUGGGCCCAAAGACACGGACACGAAGAAAUUGUGGAGCUCCUGGCCAACUACAAAGACGAUGAGAAGAUGCCUUCCAUUGAAGAGGCAGAGAUGCUCAAGAAGUAUCAUGCAUCUGUAGAUCAAGAGGAGAUCGAUGUGCGUCUGAUCGAACGCUUAUUGCUUAGUGUAUGUAGGGGUUCAAUUGCAGAAGAUACAGGUAGUAGCCAGAAUGGAGCCGUGCUCAUAUUCCUGCCAGGGUGGGAAGAUAUAACGCGGACCAGAGAAUGCUUACAAGCUUCACCUGUCUUUGGAAACCGUUCCCAGUUCCUAAUACUUCCUUUGCAUUCAAUGGUGCCUUCUCACGAACAAAGAAAAGUCUUCCAACGGCCACCUCCGGAUGUUCGGAAGAUUGUCCUCGCAACAAAUAUUGCAGAGAGUGCUAUCACAAUAGAUGACGUUGUGUUUGUAAUUGACAGUGGGCGUGUUAAGGAGAAAAGCUAUGAUCCCUAUAGCAAUGUUUCUACAUUGCAGACAGCUUGGAUAUCAAAAGCCAGUGCUAAACAACGGGAGGGACGAGCUGGACGUUGUCAGCCAGGAGUUUGCUACCAUCUGUUUUCACGGACAAGGGCGGCUGCUCUCCCUGAUUAUCAACUUCCAGAAAUCAAACGAACUCCUCUUGAGGAACUAUGUCUGCAGGUCAAACUGUUGGAGCCAAACGGAAGGAUAGCCACUUUUAUAAGCAAAGCGGUAGAACCUCCUCUCGAUCUAGCGGUGCGCAAUGCCGUUCUCUUGCUUCAAGAUCUUGGAGCUUUGACUACGGACGAGAGGCUGACUGACCUUGGGAAGCAGCUAGGCUCAUUACCAGUUCAUCCUUCCACAAGCAAGAUGCUCAUAUUUGCCAUUCUACUCAAUUGUUUGGAUCCUGCAUUGACUGCUGCUUGUGCUGCUGGCUACCGAGAACCUUUCGUGCUGCCUAUGGCUCCAGAUCAAAAGAAGCGAGCGCACCAAGCUAAACAGGAACUUGCGGCCGCAUAUGGUGGAUACAGUGAUCAUCUAGCUGUUAUAGCAGCAUUUGAUGGCUGGGAGGCGGCUAAAGCAAAAGGUCAUGGCCAAGAAGGACAAUUUUGCUCACAGUAUUUCAUUUCUGGUGGGACCAUGAAUAUGCUCGCUGGCAUGAGAAGACAGCUCCAGAAUGAACUUGCUCAAAAAGGGUUCAUUCCUAUAGGACCUCAUCCUUGCAGCCUCAAUGCAGAAGACCCAGGUAUAGUCCGUGCUGUGCUAGCCACAGGAAUGUAUCCUAUGGUUGGUGUGUUUCUACCACCUCUCCCCAAUGGCAAGAAAGCUGUUGUCCAAACCUCUAGGGGAGAAAAGGUUCGAAUCCAUCCACAUUCUGAGAACUUUAAACUCAACCGAACCUUUUCAUCUGGAGAAUCUGUUUCGAACGAUCUGCUGCUAGUCUUUGAUGAAGUAACUCGAGGUGAAGCUCAAGUUUAUAUAAGAAACAGUACUCUUGUGAAGCCCCAUCCCGUGAUAUUCAUUGCCACAGAAAUGGUGGUCGCUCCACUUAAUCCAUCAGAGGAGGUGCCGAUGGACGUGGAUGAAGAUGAGAUGUUCAUAGAUAGUGAGGAUGAAGAUGACUUGAAACCCAAGCCUGGUCCAGAUUCUGCAGAAAAGAGGCAAGCUGAAUGUAUGACAUCUCCUGACAAAGGGGUUGCUGUUGUUAUCGAUCGAUGGUUACGCUUCACUGCCACUGCUGUUGAAGCUGCUCAAUUCUAUUGCCUAAGAGAACGAUUAAAUGCAGCUAUAUUUUUCAAGAUAAGAUAUCCGCGAGAAAAACUGCCACUUCUACUUGCUGCAUCGGUCUACACCAUCGCUUGCAUAUUCUCUUUUGAUAAUGUUCCACCCGUACCUCAGCCAUUGUACGCCUCAAAUCCGAAGUCAACAAAUCGAUCAGAUCUACAGUCUUGGUUUCAAGGAGGCCAAAGUCAAAGUCCAAAUGGUUAUAGGAGGGAAAGAAGACAAGGGCCUAUAUCUGACCGCGACAACGGACAUGGGAAGUCUAUCAUGCAAAGGGCGAGUAGUUCACCAGGCGCUCCUGUAAGUAGAGAGAGGUAUGUCCGGCAGGAGGCAAAAUCUCAUGCACAGACUUCAGGUGGACGUGGAAGUUAUUAUUCACCACCUGAAAGCCGACAAAAAGGCUUCAACAAUACAGGUUCUGGUCGAGGUUUAUAUUCAAAAAGGCCCAAAGGUGGUGCAGGAUGAGAACUUACAAAAGAACGCAUUUUUCGAACAUGGUAUUUCAGUCUCAGGCUGAAGCAUUGUCAUGGAACGUUUCGUUUUAUGCCAUCACACAGAUCGUCAUCAAUCAAGGAUUUAAGGCCAUUUAUAGUCUUUUGCCCGACGUUCGGUGAAAGAACUAUAUGUUGCCCAUUUUGGUCAUGAAUCAAACGAGCUUUGCUUCUCCACAAGACGGCUCAUUCGCAAAGCAGUGUACUCGACCCAUCCAACGCUCACGUGUGUAUUUGGAGGAGGAUUUAUCCUGAUUCUUUCCCUCUUGCCUGCCUGUAUGGUUACAUCUACUCCUCUCAGACAAUCGUCGGACAGUAUGUCGCCUAUUGAAGGGCUCUGUAGUCUUUGAAGGAUGGAGCCAAGCUCCUGCUUGCCUGCACACACUGAGAGCGAAAGGAAUCACAUUCGAGCCGUUUUACACUGGAACUUGUGUUCAAGGAUGCCACUUCUUAUGACGAAGAUGAUGGAAGCAUAGAAUGCGGAAAUGUGUGAGGCUGGUGUUCACUUUUUGUUUUUUGUUCUUGGUACAUCGUAAACUGUUCUGAACUCAGAAGGAUACCACAUCCUUGUCAUGUCCAUCUCCUCUAAAUGCGAAGUACUGACUACGGUUCAGUUAUGAAAUCUCAAAGCUCGUAAUGAUUUGAGACUUCAAAUGAACUUCGUAUCAGAAACGUCUCGCAGAAAGUUUAUGGGAUGUUUCGAAAACAUCUUCAGUGUUGUAUACAAAAUGUUCACAUUUCAUAACUUGUGUUACUUCAGUGUUGUUACACUGUUUGUCAUUUUGAAUCACUGCGCGGAUCGAAGACAUCUUUAGCAUCGGGUGCGCUUAUCAGUCAUCUCACUUUACAGCUUCUGCAAAUCGUGGACAGCGAUCUCCUCGAAAACUUUUAGUAGCAGGGCUGGAAGGAUGAAGUCCGGCUAUUGCUUGGCUUCCGUAGUUGCCAUGGAUAUGCAGUGUUAGAUUGCUAUUAGAAAGACUCUUAUUCGACUUACGUCCAUUUGUGUUCCGUGCAAUAUGGACUCACCAAGUACACACAGCCGGAUGCGUACAAAGACGGCAUGAAAACUGAAUUCUUCUCAAUGGAUAGAUUCAUCUAGGAAAUGGGCUGAGGCGUUUUCACACAAGUACAACUAAGUAAAACAUAGAAUGCAAGUUCGAAUCUGUUCCUCUGUCCAUGAGCUCAGAUUACUCACAAUCAGGAGAGAUUGAGCCACUUGUACAUUAGAAACAAACAGGAACCAAAUGUAGGGAGCAAAACCAAAUAGAUGUCACUUUGUGUAUCAAUGGUAGAGGGACAACU